UGUCACUUCUCUUCCGCCACCAUGUUCGACUUCAUGCCACUCGUUGUAUGCGAGCGGCAUGGACUCUGCGGCCGGCAUGGUCUCCUCCUACCUUCAGACUAGCGUGUAGUCUAGCAAAGCCGCCACCACAUAGGGCUUUGAUCGAACAGGAACAGAUGAACGAUGCGAAGCGCUGGGUGCAGGAUUUCAAGUCUGUUGAAAUUCCGAGGAACCUGGUCGACAUUACUUUCUCGAGGAGCUCGGGACCUGGCGGUCAGAACGUGAACAAGGUGAACACGAAAGCGACACUCCGGUGCAGUGUCACUUCAUCGUGGAUCCCGCAAUGGGCAGGCGCUCGCUUAAGAGAAUCACCCCACUAUGUACGAGCUACCGACUCUAUCCUCCUUACUUCGACAGCACACAGGUCGCAGGCGCAGAAUAUUGAGGAGUGCAUGAGGAAGCUGCAUAACGUGAUAGAGACCGCGUCGUCUGCAGACAUCCGCAACGAGGCGAGUCCCGAGCAGAAACAGCGAGUCAAGGCGCUCGAGCGAGCCAACAAGGAACGGCAGAAGAGGGAGAAGAUGUACCGGAGUCAGUUGAAGAAGAGUCGCUCUGCACGUCCGGAUUGAUGAUAGCUGCGUUGGUAUCUUCCCCUCCCUACUCCUUGCUCGCGACGUAUAUCUCUUCAGUCUGGUAAAAUGCAUGCAAGUUCGCUCGGAAAGAUCUGACGUCUCGAAAUCGAGUCAGACGGCAACACCACAAUUGAGCAAGGGUCCGGAGCGGGCGUUGACUUCGGAGAGCGGCGGUCGGCAUAGCGUCCGUUGCUGCUCAAUUGAAGUUGAACUGCCUGUGACGAUGCG